CUCCCUCGAAGAAAUACACAAACCGCCAGAAUCCUCUCGCCAGGCAUUAUCGAUUUGAAUCGUUUCUUUUGUUUUUUUUUUUAUCUCAAAAAACCCCCUAAAAAACCCUUCCCUCUUUAUUUCGAUCUACAAACCCCCGGAAAAGUGAUAUAAAAUCGUCGGAAAAGAGACCCCACUCGUUGGAUCUACAAACCGCUUCCAUCUCCCUUCCAUUUCUCUCAUUCCAUUUCCGUUCUUUCGACCACCUCCUUUUUUUUUAUCAUAAUCUGUGAAGUUGUUUAGGUUGCCUGUACAAUCAUAAUGCCACGAAAGCCAACAAGAAGAAGCCAUUUACAGAAGCCCCAGCCUGCCUUUUCUCGUUUGGGUCGUUCUAUGGCCUUCGUUACCUCUUCUCGCAAGGUCAAACAUCUGAAUGAAUCACCGGAAUCCAAAAAGGUUAUUCCUAGUACAGGUAGCAGAAAGGAUAAACAUCAUGCUACAGACGCAACAAGCGAAGAGUCACAAUCUUCUUCUGAAGACGAGGAUUCUUCAUCAGAAAAUGAUUUUGAUGGAGUUGUUCAAGCAGAUUUUGCCUUCUUUGACCCAAAGCCCGAUGAUUUCCAUGGAGUAAAAGUCCUGUUGCAGCCCUACCUUGAUAAUAAAGAAUGGGAUCUGAGCAGCUUUGUAGACUUAAUAUUGCAACAAACAACUGUGGGAACCGUUAUUAAGAUAGAAGGAGAUGAAGAUAAUGGUGUUUAUGGCUUUGUUUCUGCUCUUAACCUGCAAAGAUAUAAGGAUUGUAAAUGUAUGAUGGAAGUGAAGGAGUUUCUGUUAGAAAGGUGCCAAGAUAAAGAUCUAAAAGAUAAGUUAGAGUCAUAUUUAGGAGAGCAAGCGGCAGAUGUGGGUCUCUUGAUCUCGCAACGGGUCGUAAAUACACCACCUCAGCUUUUGCCACCAAUGUAUGAUGGUCUUUUUGAUGAAAUUUCCUGGGCUACAGAAGAUGAGCCCACAGAAGAACUUAGGAAGUCGUUCUGCUUCAAAUAUUAUCUAAUGGUCAGCAAAAUCUAUAAGCGUAAGAAUGGAGACCACAAAAAGAAGGGUAGUAGCUCAAGUGAAGAAGCAAUCAUUUACAUCAAGCCAGAGGACGAAAUAUUUCACAAUCUCUGUGCCUGGUCUUUCAGCUUUCCUUUGCGCAGCCACCAGGUUACCACCAAUGAGCUGAAAGAGUACCGUUCAAUGGGUUUAGUCAUGGCUGUUGAUUCAACCAGUGUUCAAAAUUUUCGACAACAGUUGCAUUCAUUAAUAGAAGAUUAGCCUCAACUGGUCCCUUCUAGUUUUGAAACGCCAAAUGCCACAGGAAUCUGUUAAUGAUAUUGCCCAGUUAUAUGAUCAUUAGAGCAUAUAUAUAAAAGGCGACAUGCCGAAAUUUUGGUUCCCUCAUCUCUUUGUUUAAGCCUCGGUGAACACUUGUCAUUUUGACAUUGGAUUAGAGGUAGAUAUUGUACAUUGCCCGUUAAGAAGAAGUCGUCUUCAUUAUUAUUUAGAGAUGAAUUGGCUAUCUUUUGCAAAACACAGACAAGCCUUUGUUAUGAAACAGGGAUGAACUCUUGAUAUA